CAGCCCAAAACCCUGCCACUCUCUUGCCCGCUCUCCUGUGGCAACCCGAGAGCUCUGACGAAUCUUGCUCAAGAGCCCGCACAGAGACCCCGCACCUCCUCGAUACCCAGUAAAGGCGAGAGGGAAGAAAGAAGGCUUGGACAGCUCGGUUGUCCGCUUUUUUUCCCGCCGGCUUUUAUCUCUCUUCGAUCUGGUGCGCUUGCUACUUCUUCUCCCCUGUCGCUCUCAAGAGCUCCUCCCUCUCUCUCGAGAAAAUGGACGUGUUGUCCGCGCUGUUGGCCGGGGACGAUGACGAUGGAGAAGGGCCACCAUCGGCCUACGACGACGAAAGAGAUAACAUAGAGAUAGACGUGGGAGAACCCGAAGAGGAAGAGGAGGAAGAGGAAGAAAACAUGGAGUACCGCCCAGUGAAACGAUCUCGGUCAGCAGCAGCAGCCGUCUCGCCGGACGUGCCGGGCGACGAAGGCGGCCGCAGGCGCGGGGGCAGCGGGGCGGGGGCCAGCAGCGGGCGGCUGAACGACCACGAAGAGUCCAAGGAGGUGAUCGAGAUACUCUCCGACGACGAGGACGCGCAGCCACCACCCGCUCGGAGCGAACUGUUCGAAGACGAUAUGAGAAACCGUCUCUCGGCCAACCUCGAAGUUGACGCCCCUGUAGCAGCAGCGCCCCUUUUUGAAGACGAGUUCUCAAAUCAUGUCGUAGGUGCUACUGCUGCUGACCUCCGUUCUCGCAUGCCAGCGGGGGGAGGGGCGGCUAGAUCGAUCGAGCGUGCCGGCGCCGGCAGAGAUCCGCGUGGUGGUUUGAAGGGCGGCGUGAAGAUCGGGUUUUCGAUGAUGGCAUCAUCUGUUGCUGCGAGAUCGCACGAUCAGGAAAUGCAGCAGACCGCUGCUGCGGCUACUGAUCACGGCGGCGCGCCGGCGGCGGCCGCUGGCAGGGGCGACAUCGACGUCGUCAUGGGGGAGGGUAAGCCUUCGGUGGAGGAGAAGGAAGCUUCUACGCCAGCCAGCAACGGGUCGGCAGGAUGGUUGGGAGGAGUCGUGGCCGCAGCAAAGGCAGCGGUGACUUCGACAAUCAACCCGACGAGUGAUGGUGAUGUCGGGAUCGGUGGGUCAACAGCAGCAGCAGCGGCGGCGGCUGCGGCUUCUCAAGAGUUGCCGCGGAUUUUGGAAUGCGCCGUUUGCUUCAAUCCUCUGGCCGUGGCGGCGCUCUUCGCAUGCGGCCAUGGAUCCUGCUGGGAGUGCGCUCACGACUGGUGUUCAAGGGAGACGAGCUCAACGAUGGACUGCCCGACCUGUCACGUAUCAGUUCCAAGAAGCGACUUCCGACGAUGUGUCGUGCUCGAUGAGGUGGUGGACCGAGCUGUGACUGCCGCGGGCAUGGACGAUGAUGAAUGGCGCGCUAGGGUGGAGAGAGGACAGAAGCUAGCGAGGGAGGCGGAGGGCCGCAGGCGCAGCUUGAGAGACGCCCAGCGGAGCGCAGAAGACACGAUCGCCGAGCAGGCGGCAGAGCUGGAGAAACUGCGGGAGGAGGCCAAGUCUCGCCGGGUGGGGCGUCGUGCUCUGCGUGCUCAAGAGGGCUCCACGUCGUCCAUGGCAGAGUUCGGCUUCGGCGUUUUGAACGGGGGGAACCUUACGGGCGGCCGUCGCCGCGAUUUCUUUGACCCGGCCUCUCAGAGAUCCGCCGUCGAGGAGUACACCCGCCGCAGAGUCGAGGAGGCGGCGGCGGCGGCCGGGUCGGCGAGCUCGUCUCGCCAGGCCCGCGUGGCCGCCGCAGGCGAAGCCGCUGCCGUGGCCGCCGCCGCUUUCGGCAUGCCCCCUUCGGCGGCGUACGGAGUGGUGGGACCGAGAGGUCAUGCUCACCGCCAUCCUCUUUCGGCGGCGGCGGCUGCGGCGGGGUCCUCUGGCUUCGGCCACGCAGAGGGGGACCCAUGGUUCUCUCUGAGGCCUAGUCAGCCGAGCAGGGGGGCGACAGGUGCGAUGGCGCCUGGCAGGCGGAUGGCUCGAGAGACGGCCGGGAGGAGCGGGAGCUCCGGCAGGAGCGCUGGCAACUCGGCGGCAGCGGCGGCGGCGAUGGGGCUCGGCCAGCCGGCGGCGGCGGCGUUGAAGUCGGUGCACGGACACGGACGGGCGGGCGGCGGCGGUACCAACUGGCGCUCGUCGGCGUACCUCCACCCGGGCCGCUCGUCUUUGUCGGGCGGAGCAGGCGGGAGCGGGGGUGGCGGCCGCACGCGGCUCCACGGCAGCAGCGCCCGCGCGGACCCCCGCGGGGGAACCGACGUGAACGUCGGGUCUGCUGCCGCCGGGACCCCCCUCGACGGCGGCAACCUCACCAACCCAGUAGGAGGCCCCGGGAGAAGCUUCACGGUGCAAGUUCCGGCUCGAUCGAUUCGCAAGACGCACGGCCUGAGCGGCCUGCACGGAGGAGGCGCUAGCGCGAGCGGGGGCCACGCGGGAUCUGCUGCCGCCGUGGUGGGCACGUCGACGUCCUACCCCAACCCUUUGGCGAACGGAUUAGGUCUGGCGCCGCCGCCGUCUUCGUCGCCAAGCCUGCACUACAGUAGCUCCGGUGGGAGCCAGCCUUCGAGGGGUGGCGGCGGUGAUGGCUUGCCUUUCGGCGGGCGCACCCACGGGAGGGCGGCGGCGGCGGCGGCGGCGGCGGCGGUGGCACCCUCGCCGGCACCGAUGCUCGACCUUGGUGACCUUAUGGCCGGGCAUGACGACGCCAGCUCUCGGUCGGAGUGGGACGAUGUGCUGGCCUCUAUUUCUACUCCGAUGCAAGCGACCGAUGACGCCCGUUCGAAUUCUCCGGGUGCAACGCGUGGCUGAGAGUGGUUCCGGUUUUGCGCUUUGACGACAGCGGCAGAGUCGGCUCUGGGGUGUGUCAUACUGGAACAUGCCCGCUGUGGGAACACGUUAAAAAAGAAAGCUUUUAUUGUUGUGAGUGCAAUGCAAGGGGAGGAGGAUAGAGUCAGUUGACGCUUCAAGUGCUGACAUCUUGCGUGCGUGUCCCUUACCGUACGCACAAGAUUCUGGGGGGGGGAGGGCUGCCACUAUCAGCUUGACGCCGUCACCCCCUUGGUGACGGUUAUUUCACUUCCCUUGGUUGACUGCUGCCGUGUGUGUCGUCAUCGCAGACGCCUUUUUUGCUUCCGCUGAAAGAGAGGUUACGGGCCAACGAGAGUUCCCGUGUCUUACUCAGCGGACCGCUCUGUUUUUUUGUGGUGUCGGAGAAGUACAUUUUUUGAAGAAUAUUGAAUGUCGAUGGUUAACCUUGAGCGUUUCGUUGCUGUCUUGUGUAAGGUGAUUUUGUUAGAUUUGAGAGGAACGAAAAGUGUGGUGCUUGGGUUGGACUGUAGCACUCAGACAAGUAAGUGUUGGCGUUUGGCGUAAGUUUUAUCGACAUUGGAUGAUGCGGAAACGGCGGGGAAAGUAGGCGUUCCGUUAGAAAAGAUAUUCACCUGACGCGAGGCGUGCAACAUCGUCUGCAUUGGGCUGAGUUUGUAACACAAGGUUUAGGGAGGACAUAAUGCGGGUGUACUUAAAAAAUCGCGGGGUGCCGAGUACCCUUUGCUUCAAGAAAAAGCCGGGAGGAAUGUGUUGGCCUCUCUUCGAAACGUAAUUUUAUUUGUGUCCAACGUUCGUCUGGUUAAGUUGUUUUUGUGUGUCUAACGUUGGCCUGGUUAGUUUAAGUGUGCAUUUGUCUGUUUUGCUGUCGGCUUUCGGGCCACGCUUACAUCCGAGUCUGGAUCAUCUGUCCUUGUCUGUAUGCGUUGUGGUGUAAUAAUAUGAACACGUGUGAGCCUCGGUCCGG